AUGGGUGUCGGUCGUCGCAUGAAGAAGCAGGGGCCGCCGGCCCCUCUUGAUGAGUCGAAAAUUACCAUUUUGAAAAAGCGCAAGGCCAGCGAGGCGGAGAGCAAACCAGCAUCGGAUAAGAAGCGACGGACAGCGAAGGCGGACGAUGAAACACGAAAAUCGAAGCCAAAGACGAAAGCUAACCAGAUCACCAAUGGAAAGGCGAAGAAUGGUGCCUCAAGGCCUGAACGCUCAACGCGACAGAAGAAAAAUCAUCCCAAAAACCCCGCUCAGUUCUUCGAAUCGGACGACGAACUUAGCUCCGAUCAUGACGCCGAGGAUUUGAUGGGUGAUGAGUUCGACGAUCUGGAUGGAGUUAGCGACGGAUCUGUGGGAAGCAAGGAUGAGGGCUCUGUAGUGGAUGACGACUCUGUCUUUGACUCUGAGGAGGAUCAUGCACGGGAGACAUUAUUCUCGGAAGACGAAGAUGUGUCCGAUGCCGAAGAGCAGCUGACUGCUGCAAACAUUGAGGGUUUAUCCAAAAAGCUGGACAUGCAGAGACAGGCCGAAGAAGAGGAGGCACAGCGGGACUUGCAGGAGUCGGCAAUGCAGACAAAUAUCGCUGGUGACCGUCCGGACGUAUUCGGCGACGAAGGCGCACGACCCGGGCUCGCUCCCGAUCUCCAAUUCCUACGUACGCGCAUUACGGAUACGAUUCGAAUUCUAGGAGACCUGGCGAAGCUCGGCCAACCAGGAAAGUCUCGUACGGACUAUGUCGAUCUCCUCAUAUCAGACAUUUGCACCUACUACGGUUACACACCAUUUUUGGCCGAAAAGUUGUUCUCACUUUUCACUCCGAUGGAGGCCUUUGCAUUCUUCGAGGCAAACGAAACUCCGCGUCCAGUCGUGCUGCGCACCAACACGCUCCGUACGAACAGGAGAUCUCUCGCACAAGCGCUGAUCAACCGAGGUGUCGUCCUUGAGCCCGUCGGAAAGUGGUCUAAAGUCGGGUUGCAGGUAUUCGAGUCCGCUGUACCUCUCGGUGCAACCCCGGAAUAUCUCGCAGGUCACUAUAUACUCCAGGCCGCAUCAUCAUUCCUCCCCGUCAUGGCCCUGGCUCCUCAGCCGCAUGAAAGAGUUCUCGACAUGGCUGCUGCUCCUGGUGGAAAGUCGACUUAUAUCUCCGCGUUGAUGCGCAACACAGGCUGUGUGAUCGCGAACGAUGCGAGCAAAGUUCGUGCCAAGGGUCUGAUUGGUAACAUUCACCGUCUUGGCUGCAAGAACACUAUUGUGACAAACCUUGAUGCUCGGACGGCUUUCCCCAAAGCACUGGGUGGAUUUGAUCGUGUGCUUCUUGAUGCGCCAUGCACCGGUACCGGUGUUAUCUCCAAGGACCCCAGUGUCAAGACCUCCAAGACCGAGCGGGACUUCCUCGCAAUUCCCCAUAUGCAGCGACAGCUUCUGCUUGCUGCCAUCGACUCUACGGACCAUUCAUCCAAGACAGGUGGCUACAUUGUAUAUUCGACUUGUAGCGUCACGGUCGAGGAAAACGAAGCUGUUGUUCAGUACGUGUUGCGGAAGCGCCCUAACGUCAAGAUCGUUGACACCGGUCUGGGCAAUUUCGGCAGCGAAGGCUUCAAGAGCUAUAUGGGCAAGCAGUUUGAUGCUAAGAUGAACCUGACGAGACGCUACUUCCCCCACCGGGAGAACGUGGAUGGGUUCUUUGUCUGCAAGCUGAAGAAGACCGGCCCUAGCCCAGCCUCAAAGGCAGGAGCAUCUGCCUCGGGCACUGCUGCACCGAAAGCAGACGGCUUGGCUGAAACAAAUGGCGAUGAGAUCAUCGACAAGACCCCUAUCACUAACGAGGAUGGAACAACGAUCGAGACGCCAGGCGACACGUUUGGCCCCUUCGAAGAUGAUGCAGAUGCCGAGAUUAUCGCUCGUGCUGAGAGAAACCGUCUCCGGCGCAAGGGCAUUAACCCCAAAGCUGUGUUAGACAAAUCAAAGGCCGAUGGUUCUGCUGGAGAGAAGAAGGAUGGCACAGAGGUGAAAGAGAAGACCGAUAAAGAAACUGCGUCGCAAAAGUCCCAUGGAAAGGAUAGCAAGAAGAAGCCCUCCAAUGGACAGCAGAAGGACUCGAACAAGAGUUCAAGUGCCAAGUCCAAGAAGGCGAAGCAGUGA